CCAACACUGUAUUGUGCUACUUGCGAAAUUCUUCCAACACUUCAUACAGUCCUCAGACAUUCAGUCACCAAAUACACCAAUUCACUUCAAUGGCGGUUGAAAGCGAACUAGUGUUCCUCACAGGGGCCACUGGCUUCCUGGGGUACCUGACCCUAAUUCAACUCCUCCAGGCUGGUCACCACGUCCGCGCUGCCGUGCGGUCCCAGUCCAAAAUCGCCAAGAUUAAGUCAGCCCCAUCUUUCAAAGCCCUGGCCUCGAAAGGCAGUAGCGUAGAGUGGGUUGUCGUCCCCGACAUGACGGCGCCAGGAGCCUAUGACGAGGUCGUCAAGGGCGUGACCUCCAUCAUCCAUAUCGCAAGCCCCAUCCCCACCUUUGGCGCCGAGCCCAUCCCUGAGGCCAAGCUCGAUGAGUACUUUGUCCAACAGCCCCGCCAAGCCACCCUUGGACUUCUCGAAGCGGCCCAGAAGGCCGGGACCGUCAAGCGCAUCGUCAAGACCAGCUCGAUCGUCGCCAUUGUACCAUUUGAAUACUACCUCGGCCAGGGUGCCGACUACACCCGGGACUUCGACGCUAAUACCCGCAUCCCCGUGGCCAAGGGCCCAUUCCCCUUUGGCGAGUUCCAGGCCUACAGCGCCGGCAAGGCCGGGGCGCUCAACGCCGCAGAAGAAUGGAUCGAGUCUCACCAGCCUAGCUUUGAUCUGGUGACCAUCUUUCCCGGCUGGAUCUUCGGCCGCGACGAGCUCGUCACGGACGUCGAAACGCUGCGCACGGGAAGCACCAACGCGGUGCUCCUGGGCCUGAUCCUUGGCAACCAGACGGAUCAGCCGGGCAAUAGUAGCGUCGUGUACGGCGAGGACGCUGCUAGGAUGCAUGUGAUGGCGCUCAAUAGCAGCAAGGUUAAUGGUGGGGAGAGCUUCAUCGCCGCCACCGAGUUCCAAUGGAACGAAACCCCCGAGAUCCUGAAACGCUCGUUUCCCAAGGAGGUAGCGGAGGGCAAGUUAAGUGACAAUGGUCAGCAGCCUACGCUUAUCAUCAAGCACCCAAGCGAGAAGUCAGAGGAGGUGUUUGGCUUCAAGUUCACGCCUUUCAAGAAUAUCGUGGAGAGUGUCGCCCAGCAGUACCUGGACCUGCUGAGCAAGGCUUAGAUACCGAAGCUAUGUUAGCCCAAUCAGCUAUCGGUUGGAUUGUUCCUUGUCUUCACGCGCAGGAUUCUGCGAAUGCGCGUAUUUUUAAAGACAGAAAUAAGGGCAUCUUCUGAUACUUUUCAUUCCGAACGUCUGUCCCAUCUUACUAGGUCCACUUCAUAUAGAGUUACUCGAAAUAGGUUACAUCAGCAAUGUUA